CGCUGUGACGCAUCGUGUAUCGAGCUUGUUAUAAACUGGCCGCUGAUGCUGUAACUGCCACUAUGACAAACGCGCGGCAAGGAAGCCAGUCAUCCGCUUUUCUCGUCUAGUUAAUAUCUUUUAACCUGUGUUCGUUUGGAUAUUUAGUUAGUCUCAGCUCUUGUGAUGCGUGGAGUUAGUUCAGAGAGGAGUUGCUGAAGAACGAUACCUUGCAGUGUGCAGCGAAGGCUCCAGAUUACAUCCAUCAUGGCGCUGGGAUCCAUCGGACCAUUCAUUCACCUUAUCCUACAGCUUUUUAUACUAGCAAGCCAAUACACAGUGUACGGCCGAUACCUCCAACGAAGCUACAUACAGGAAUGGAAAGGUGGUGUAAUACCAUUUAGAUUCAGGGAAUCAGAUUUCAGUGAAAGCGAAAAACUGUACAUAUACUCGGUGAUGGAAGAGAUAAUGACGGCGUCCGGGUGUAUCAAGUUUAAACGAAGCAAUGAAUACAAUGACUAUCUAGAGAUUCAGCGAGGAAGCAGCUGCACGUCUUACGUUGGACGCCAGGGCGGACAGCAGCCCCUGUACGUAUCCGCCGAGUGCCUUGGUGCCAAUGGUCGAGAGAGGAUGCUUCAUACAUUCAUGCAUUCCCUUGGAUUCCAGGAGGAGUUCAGACGACCCGACCGCGACAAAUACAUCAAAAUUUAUAUGAAAAAUCUAAAAGAACGCGACAGGAAACGAUUCAAAAAAUUAAAGUGGUAUUACUUCAUGGACUAUUUGGAUACCCCUUACGACCUCAUGUCCGUCAUGCACCCACCAUCCAAGUAUUUCAGCGCAAACGGAAAAGACACUAUAAGGUUAAAGAAUCGAAAACCGUUACCAGAGCAUAAGGGACUCAGCCGGAUUGACGUGCAGAGGUUACGGAAUAUAUGCUAUACGUUUUAUAAGUAGAGAAGCGGAAAAAGAACGUAGCAUACGCUGUGUUGUGAUGGAUGCGUUAUGACAUCAACUUAUAAUAACUAUUGACAAAUAGACUUAUCUUAUUCUCUUACAGUGUUAUAGACAUCGUGGUGACCAAAGAAUUCGAACGACACAGUUAAAUCCUCAAUUGGAGUAGGAAAUUUAUAAACUUUUUCGUGAAAAACAACACGUCAGUGCGGCGUGCAGUGAUCAUGCAUGUGGCGAUGUACAUGUAUUGUCACUAUCACUCUACUUUCGUUGUAAAGGCAUGUUUUGUAGUCACUGUGCCGGUUUUGGUAGUUUUGGAUCCUCACCAACUUUUUAAUUUUUAAAUGCCCAAUGCAGCAAUAAUAUGAUAAAUGCGAAGUAGUAAUUAUCUCACGUAAUCGUAUCCGAAUUCCCACUAGUGCUAUCAUUGGAGGUAAGGCUUGGUGAUGAAGAUUGGUAAUACUUGUAUUAUGUGCUGUGAAUAAAGUCAUCUAGAGCAGUUUCUAGGGAAAUGUUUCGUUAAUGAUAAUGAAUUCAUUUAAAGUCAGGAGGAGGAAGCUACGAUGCCAAUGGCAUCUUUGUAAUUUAUUUUCAGAUCAUAAUAAUAUUUGAUUUUAAUGCAUCA